AUGCCGUCUCCAGAAAUCUCGAAAAGGGUUUUAGACGCAAAGCUUGAAGCUUGCAAAUUCGCGUUCUUGAGGCUAAGUGCUGUUAAAACGACGAGAAUGAAGAACUAUAAGCAAUUGCGUACUUUGCUUAUGUUGAAAGAAAUUUCUCGACGUGGUGCUGAUCGAGACUUUCUUAAAGAUCCGGAGAAUAGUGUAACCCGAAUUCUGUGUUCGGUUCUAAAGCAAGUGGUUAGUAACGCAGACCGUUCUCUGAAGUCUCUUCGUGGGUUUCACUAUGAGACAUUGGAUGAUCAAGAGAAGCAACAUGUGACGAGGAUGAUUGCAAGUGUACAAGGAAUGGGUAGUAGAAAAUACGAACCGGAAACUAUUGAUCAGCUGGAUGACAUGACCGAGCCAAUGGAAAUGGAGAUAUAUUUGGGAAAUGGGGAUGAUUCUGUUGGCGGGGACUUCGAUGACAUUGUUUUGGAGCCAAUUUCAUGGCCUUUGCAGUCUCAACUAACUCUUGAAUGGGUUGAGACUUUGAUGGGUUUAUUAAACCAAUUCACAUGGAAGAACUCGGUUUCCGAGUUGCCUUUGAUAUUGCCACAUUCUGUUGCUUUUUCUCUGGUUGAUUUUGCUUCGCAGAUUCUAGACAAAGAAGCCAAUUGCGUUAGAGUCAAUUGCUGUAGUGAGAAUUCCAGAGUGAUUGUGGUUGGAGAUCUCCAUGGUCAACUACACGAUCUUCUCAAAAUCUUUGAUCAAUCAGGAAGGCCUUCACUGAACCAACGUUUUGUGUUCAACGGUAAUUACAUAGGUCGAGGUUCUUGGAGCCUAGAAGUGUUCUUGAUUCUCUUAGCUUGGAAGAUUCUGAUGCCUGAGAGUGUAAUUUUACUUCGAGGAAGCUCUGAAACAAGAGUUUCGGCAGAAGAGCUUGAUUUCUUGAAAGAAACAUGUGACAGAUACGCUGAGCACGGGCCAAUGCUAUACUCCAAGUGUAUAGAUUGUUUCAUAAUGUUACCUUUGGCAUCGGUGAUAUCAGACAGUGUCUACACAACUCAUGGAGGUCUCUUUCAAAGUUCUGGGGUCCAAGAAGAUAGCACGAAUCCCUCUCUGUUGUUGGGUUCGUUAGAGGAACUUGACGAGAUUGAGAGGAGAAAAGUUGGUGAGAAUGAUGAUGAGAAUGUAACUCUUAACCAUGUUUUAUGGUCAUGUCCAUGGAUGGCUGAUGGUUUGAGCGAAAGCAAUUACAAGGGACUUCUUUGGGGAGCUGAUUGCACUGAGACUUUUCUAAAACAGUCAAACUUAAAGAUGAUUAUAAGAUCACAUGAAGGCCCCGAUGCAAGAGCAGAUCGAGAAGACAUGGGAAACAUGCUAAGCGGUUACUCUGUAGAUCAUGAUGUAGAAUCUGGAAAGCUUUGCACAAUCUUCAGUGCUUCAAUGUUCUCACAGGGUUCAAGAAACUACGAAAAUGAAGGCGCAUAUGCUGUUCUUGAGCCUCCCAAUUUCGCAGAGCCCAGAUUUGUGUCUUACACAGUUGAAAAUGUCCCCAGGGUACAACAUCAAAUCAUAAGUGAUGGACCUUCAACUUUACAACCGCUAAUGUGGGAGAAUAGAACAGGACAAGGAUUUGCAUCAGUAGGGAUUUCGAAUCCGCCCUCUUGGACUGUUCCUUUGCCCAAUGACCCGUGUCAGAUCCUUCAGCUUCGAGAGCCUCUUCAAGUCUUUGAAGGUCUUCCUCUUCCUGAUACCAUCGAGGAGCCUCACAAAUCCAACUACGAUUACUUGUUCAGACUCAUAACUGCUCUUAAACAAGAAAUUCAAACUAGGGACAACCACGAGAAAGAAUUGAUGGAUCAUUUGACGAAGACUAAAGCUACAUUGGAAGUCAUAAGCCAAAUGUCAUCUUCGCUCUGA